AUGACCAAUCGUAAAUAUACUUGGGCACCAUUGGUUGAUGAUGAUAUGUUUAUUGCAACUUGGUCACCCACAGACGAGGAAUUGCGUCGCAUCAAGGAGUUUCAAGAAUAUGAACGGCAAGGCACUGCUUUUGAAAACUUCCUUAGAUUUGGAUCUGGAACGGAACCAAGUGUGGUAUUCGAUGAAGUUCUCUUCCUGGGCACGUUGAAUCAUGGAUCCAAUUUAGAUUUACUUGAACGAUUAAAAAUCGUGCAUAUCAUUAAUGUAAGCGAAACGGAUGCCAGCGACAAAUUUCCGAGCAAUCAUUUUGAUAUCGUUUACAUUCCAAUGGAGGAUGAUGUUCGAACAAAUAUUAAACAGCAUUUUAAUCGUACCAAUGAACUGUUACAUAGUUAUUACAUGAAGAACGAGCGCUGUCUCGUUCAUUGUGCUGCUGGAGUUUCCAGGUCAGCAACUAUUGUCCUAGCGUAUCUAAUGAAAUAUCAUCAUAAUACAGUUACAGAAGCUUUUCGUUAUCUAGUCGAAAAGCGUCCUCAAAUAUGGCCAAAUCAAGGUUUCAUGCUACAAUUAAUACAUUAUGAAAAUGAACUGAUUAAAUCACGUGAAAUUUUAUCAACUUCCGAGACAAGUGAAGCAUUUAACUCCACUGCUGUACCGUCGGCCAAUGAUGCGAAAAAUCCAAUUGAAACAUUGCACGAAUUCAAGAACAAUCAAAGUAAUGAUCCAUGCACAUGGAAUGAUUCAAUAAGUAAUGAUGAUGAAUUUUUCAUGGAGUUCGAUGAUCGAGAUUCUAGUAACUGUGGUGAUGAUAUUGUUCUUGAUGAAAAAUCUAUGGAAUUAACAUUUCGAAGUUUGUCAUCAUCACAUACACGUGAUCAUAUGAACAUAUUAGAAAAAAUAUGCCCUCUGGUGCUAGCCAAACAUUAA